UCGGUAGCAGGUUUGGAUUGGAUGAGAGAUGGCGCCGUGCUGAAGCUUCAGGCAGGCGGUGGAGCUGGGGGUGCGAGGGGUAGUCUUACCCCGGAUCGAGAGAUCCACAGUUGCCAGGCCGCCCGAGGGACCUGCUCCAGCGAGAUCCGAACGUUUUUCAGACUGUGAAUGUGUCCGUGACUAAGGUGUCCAUGGCUGAAAACUGCAGAUCAUCACGCAAAAGCGUGAAAGAGAAGAUUAGUGGGGUAUCCAUUAAAUCAGAGAAUUCAUCGGAAGCUAGAUACGGGCAAUCAGAGAAAAAUCCUUCUGCCAUUGCCGCGAAGAAACCGAAGUCAAUACCAGGAGAGUCAGAAAAAGAUUCUGGAUUUUCAGACACCAGCUCUGAAUACCUGAGUACAGUGGAACACAGUGAGUCAGAGGAUCGGUCUGCACCUGCUGAGUUGAAUCCUACAGGGAAGUCGAAUGCAGCACAAAACUCAAUCCCAAGCCUGACUCCUUUCUACUUUGUGAAAAAUGUCCUUGUAAAAGAGCCUGUAGCCAUGCCGAGAGAGAACCAGCUACAGACCUGGGAAAACCAGUGUUCCUUUGCUUCCUCACCAGGCCAGACUCAAGUAGUCUUCAUCCGACAAACUUUGGCAUCUUCCUUGAAAGUUAAGAAUGCAGAUACAAAGACCGGAAUAGGGCAGGACACCUAUCUCCCGAUCUUAAACUCCUACCCUAGGAUUGCCCCACACCCAAACCAAGACCGACACCAUAAAGAGAACCAGGAGCAGACAGAUCACCAUGUGGCCCCGGACAAGUCUACUGAUCACAAGAGCAAACGCUUGUGUGUAGAUGAGAUAGGAGCCCAUCAAUUGGAAUCUUUGUCACCCCAAAAUGGACAAACUACACACACAGCACUGCUAGCAAACUUCCAGGGUCACUGGCAAAUUGAGAACUCUAAGCAGCAGCCGUGGUUUGGGACAACAGACACUUUAAAUCGGUUUGAUGUCUCAGUCUCUCCAUCACCAGUGCUGUCUCCAGAUCUCACCUCCCAAUCUGAAUGCUCGGAGUCUUCCUCCUCCUCCUCCAUGUUAUCCUGUGCUCCAAACACACAGUUGUCCGGUGUUGAGCCGAGAUCUACCCACAGCCUCGCCAAGCAGCGGCGCUUCCGUAACACAGUGGAGAUCCUGAACCGCUCUGGGCUCUUGGAGAUCACGCUGAGAACCAAAGAGCUGAUCCGCCAGAACAGCAACACCCAGCGGCAGAUCAGUGAGCUGAAGGAGCACGCUCGCCUCUUCUGCAGCGCGAUGAGGAGCAGGGACCCUACAGACAUACACCGGCUGCAGGAGGCCAUGAAACACUCUGGGGCAUACGGACCAGCAAUCAAAACAUCUCCCUCCUCUGCUUCUCCUUCCUCCACCUCCAGUCCCAGUUCAGCAGAAAGUCAAGCAACCUCCAACCAAGCACCACCACCAUAAUCUGGCUGGUGAGCCCCAGUCAUCGUUGAUGAAGAACGCUCUGUGGGACAGACCGCAAGAGCAGAGCUGAGGUAGGAGUUCAGACAGGUUCUUACUGUAUGGCAGAAUAGGCUUGAGUGGAGGGGGUGAAUUGCCAGGGUGACACAUGCUCAGUGGAGGCUUGGAACCAGCACCUGCUUCCCAUACCAAGGGUAUGUUGGCGUCUAUACGUUGACUUUCCACCACUUUUUGGUUUUCCCACCAUGUAAAGCUGACUGUGCUUUAGAAGUUCGUCAUUGGUUGUGAAGCUCUUUGGGGCAACAUGAAAAAGCAAGCUUUUUAUUUAGUUGCAUGAACAGAGAUGAACAAUCUCCAUUUAUAUUCCGGUCUUUGCAUGAGCAGUUCCUGAUGGAGUUCCAUACAACUUCUGGUGAGGGACAACUUAAUGCACUCUCAUUCUCAGCUUGCUGUAGUUCAGAGCUCUACAUUUUGUGUUAACCAACACACAGUCAAUCUGUAAGUUGGUUCAGUGCAUUCAAAUAAAUCAUCUGCUUCCAGUCCAAUAUUGAAGUUUUGCUAUGGAUGUUAAAAAUAUCAGCAAUCUGAAGAGCUGGGACUUUUUGCCAGUGUUGUGGAAACCUUCUCUCCUCUUCCCAUCAAUGGAUUGACUCCCAAUUUGUCUUGCUGCUGACUGUGGAACUUUGGACAUGGCAUGUUGUGUACAGUUCUGGUCACCAAAUUAUAGGAAAGAUGUCAACAAAAUAGAGAGAGUACGGAGGAGAUUUACUAGAAUGUUACCUGGGUUUCAGCACCUAUGUUACAGAGAAAGGUUGAACAAGUUAGGUCUUUAUUCUUUGGAGUGUAGAAAGUUGAGAGGGACUUGAUAGAGGUAUUUAAAAUUAUGAGGGGGCUAGAUAGAGUUGACAUGGAUAGGCUUUUUCCAUUGAGAGUAGGGGAGAUUCAAACAAGUGGACAUGAGUUGAGAGUUAGGGGGCAAAAGUUUAAGGGUAACACAAGGGGGAAUUUCUUUUCUCAAAGAGUGGUAGCUGUGUGGAACGAGCUUCCAGUAGAAGUGGUAGAGGCAGGUUCAAUAUUGUCAUUUAAAGUAAAAUUGGAUAGGCAUAUGGACAGGAAAGGAAUGGAGGGUUGUGGGCUGAGUGCAGGUCAGUGGUACUAGGUGAGAGUAAGAGUUCGGCACGAUCUGGAAGGGCCGAGAUGGCCUGUUUCCGUGCUGUAAUUGUUAUAUGGUUAUGGUUAUAUGUUUAUAAUACUUAGCAAAAUUUCAUCAGUGAGACAUUUCCAUCCAAAAUGAUGAACCACUGAGAUUGAUGCAGAACUUCAGACCAUGCCUCCAUCAAUGUAUUGGCCAUCAACAGCAAAUUCAUCUGUUGGAUCAUCCUGUCCCUUUCAACCGUGAGUAAGGAUACCUGCAGUUUUUUGGGAAGUUACCAUCACAGUUUCCCUGCAGCCCAUGGGGGUGGUUUAUUUCUGUACCAGGGUGUCUGUGGAUUUUGGGUUAGUAGGAAAUUAACGGUCACUGAAAACCCUGAAUCAGGCUGCAUCCACCUGCCAGAGAAGGGAAUCAGAAACCUAUCCAUAUUCCCUUUCUCUCCACUACUACUCUACCUAAAGCAGCGUUUUCUACACCUAAUCCCAACUUUCAGGGUCAGAACUCAGAAAAUUACAAUGUAAGCAAAUUGUCCCCAAUCCUAGGGAUUGCCCAAGAAGAAAGAGGAUUUAUUUUCCCUUACUCAGGGAGACUCAGUCACAGAGUGACCAAGAGCAGUUUGUCCCCAGUGAAAUCUGUGAUAGGUUAAAUUAUUAAUACAAAGCUGAGGUACAGUAUUAAUGGAACAUUGACUCAGCUAAUUGAGCAGACUUUGUUGGGGAGGAAAUUGUCAGACCUACUGCCAAGAUUGUACACCAAUCUUUUCCACUUCAGAUUCAAGGUAGCACAGCAGGCUGUGAUGCUCUUGCAAGGAUAGCUCACUGCUGUAUUGGUUCAUGGUUGGGAGAGCCUCUGUGGGACAGAGUAGAUGGAAGUACACAUUUGAGUAAUGGGUGGGUAGUUAUCAUUAUCUGCAGCAGGCAGAGUUUCCAUGGCAUUGGCUGCUUGGGGAAGAUAUUGCAGGGAAUAUCAAGACCUUGCUGUGAUUGUUCCGUACCCACACCCCCUUUAAAAAUACAAGGCAGAGACCAUGUUUAAGCGGUUUUCCAUUUGUCUGUAACAUGGUGAGAAGGUACACUGGCAAUCUUCCUAACACACAUGCAGGCAGAGGAAAGAUGUCAAGAAAAUGGGUAAAGCAUUGAAGGAUUUGCUCUGCAGUGGAGGGAACCCCAGUAUGUGGGGGGAGGUGGAGCGCCCUGUGUGCAGGAGGUAUGGCUGCCAUUGGGUGAGUUGAAAGGGGAGCCAGCGCAGAAGGGUUGGAAGAAUGCGGUUGUUCCAGGAUAUGAUUGGAGGAAGAAGGGUUAGUGGAACUCAGAAGGACCACUGAGGUAUCGCAAAGAUGAGAUCUUAAGUGUUAGCAACUGAAACAAUGAAGCACUGAUCCCCAGCUGUGUCCUGCUUGAUCAGGCACACAGAGACAGUCCUGUGGGACUUGCUCUUCCUUUGAGAAGUACCACAAUUCAAAUCAUCUACAAAAAAAAUUGCUGCAGGAACUCAGUAGGUCAAGCAGCACCUGGGGGUUGGGGGUGGAAUUAUCAAUGUUUUGAGUAGAGACCCUACAUCAGGAUUGCACGAUCCACCAGUUCCUGCAGCAUUCAUUUGCUCCAUAUACCAGUAGCUGCAGUUUCCUGGGCCUCUGAUCAAGUGGUUGAUUCAUUUCAUUGCUGUUUGAAAAUACUUGUCCUUUUUAAAGUAAUUCACUCUCAUGGACCUAGCGAUGUGAUAGAGUGCGAGUUUUUGCUUGAAGUCUUUUCCUCAUCUACAUGUUUGGAGUCCUUUGGCACUGGGAUGGACGUAUUAACAGAUUUGCCAGAGUAAGCCCUGGAGGAAGGAUUGGAACAAAGUAACACACAAAAUCGUGGAGGAACUCAGCAGGUUAGGCAGCAUCUAUGAAGAGGAAUAAAGAGAUGAAGUUUUGGGUAUGACCCUUCACCAGAAAUGGAAAGGAAGGGUAAAGAAG